AUGUAAGUUGCAUUAAAUGGGUAUAAUUUGAUUUAUAGAAAAAUAAUAACAAUAAAGGAAGAUCAAUUAUAGUAAGAAAGUUGUGUUGCCUUCGGAAUAUGGUCUAAAUAUACUCCAUUAAAUAUUUUAAGUAUAAAUGAAGAGAUAGGAUAAUUUGAAAGCAAUUGUUUUUAAUUAAUCAAUAUAGAGGAUUAAACUAUUAAGAGUUUAAAUUUUAUUUAUUAUGAUUGCUUAAUCUACCCUACAAAAUAAAUAGUUAAGACAAUAAUGUUAAUAAGUUAACAAGAUUAAUUAUUUCACUUUGAUAAUUAUAUAGAUCCUUUUGAAUAUGAAAACAUUUGGUACAAUUUUUAAUUUAUUUCAUGGCCAUUUUAAAAUAAAUUGUAAUUAAUAAUCAUUCAAUAAGAUAAAACAAUAUUGAAUAAGAUUAUAGAAAAUGUAUAGUUUUUCAAUGAAUAAUAACUAUUACUUACAUAGGGAGGGAGCUUUUAAGUAAUGGAAUCAAAAAUUGAUUUGAUAUAACAUGGAAAAAAAUUUAAUUUUUUUCCAGGAUAAAUUGUUUCAUAUGAUCUUUUGAUUGAGUUAAUUCCUUCUUCUUUUGAUUUUGAACAGUAUAUUGUUGAAGAAUAUUAAAAUCUUGCUGAAUGCGAUUGUAUUGGCAAUGAAUAAGUGAAAAUUGAAGAUUCGGAUUUAAUUUUUCUUGAAGAUAGAAUUUAUGUUUCUAAAAAUAUUAAUUGCGAUUAUUAUUCUUUAAGUGGAUGGAUUAGGGUAGAACAAAUUAUUUAAAAAUCUGAUGAUUUUACUUAUCAAUUUAUGAAAAUGAGUACAAAUAAAUUUGAUGAAAACCUAUCAUUUUAAUUAUUUUAUCAUAUUUCUCCCUUUUAGAUAAAAAUAAUUAUAAAAGCUUAUAGUUUAGUUUUUCCGAUUGUCACCAAAGAUAUUAAGGAUAGUGCAUUGGAAAUAGAUAGAGAAUUCUUAUUCUAAAGGAAUACAAUAAAAUAAUGGCAUUAUUUAGUGUUAGAAUUAUUUGACUAGAUAAUUAAUAUAGAUAUCACCUUUUAAGAUGAAAAUGGAAUUUAAUAGUAUUAGGCAUAAAUUAAUGUGAAUUAAUUUCAUAAUUGCUAAUUCAAAUUAAGAUAUGGUAAUAUUAUGAAGGACUCUUAAAAUUAUUUAAAUUUGGCAAUAAAAUAAUUGUAUUAUACAAAUUGUAAAGAAGAUGAUAGGAUUCAAAAAUGUCAUUAUAGUUGUUUAGAUUGUGAUGGUCCUAAUGUCUCAAAUUGUUUAUCUUGCUCUAUUGAAUCAUAAAGAAUAUAUGUUCCUCAAUUUAAUCAUUGCAUCUGUCCAUUACCUUUAGUAGAUUAUGAUAAUACAUGUGUUAAUUAUGUAGAUUAAAAUCUAUAGAUAAUAGAUCAAUAAAAUAUUUAUUUAAAGUGUUAAAUGGGUUAUUUUGAAUUAGAAGGAGAAUGCUUAAGAUGGUAUAUUAUUAAAUUAAUAUGUAUAGUCCUUCUAGAAUAAGAGAUAAUUUAAUAACUUGUUUUGAUUGUUUUGAAAAAUAGGAAUGGAGUUAAAAUUCUAUUUGCUAAAGUGAUUAUUAUGCUCCUAUUUCUUUUACACUUCCUUCUGUUUUAAUUUCUUCAUUUGCAGUUUAUAUUUAUGAUGGAGCUGAUUUUAUUUUAUGCGAUUUUUAUCCUAUUAGUUUUGAUUCUUAUUUUGUUUUGUAAGAUGAAUAGAGUUUGUAUGAAAUGUUCUUAUUUAAAUCUAUAAUAUUCUAAAAAUUCUGUUUCAUAAAUAAAGAUUUAGAUAUAGAAUAACGUUGUUAUACCUGUCUUGUGGAUUAUUGUAUUUUAUGUAGAAUCGCUAUAGAUUAAUAACUUUGUGUAAUAUGUCAAAAAGGAUUUAUUGAAAUUAAUGGAUUAUGUAUUGUGAAGAAAAAAGAAUUUACUCUAGAAUCAUGUCAACUACCAUAUUUCGCAUCAUUCAGUAAAAUUUGUAAGUUAUGCACUAUAAAUAAUUGUUUAUAUUGUUUUGAAUAUAUAAAAGACACUUAGAUUAGUACUCUGGAUGAGAGGGAUAAUAUGUUUGAAUACUAAGAAGAUUCUUUUAAAAUUGGUUGUAUGUAAUGUUACGAUGGUUUUAUAUUUGAUUUUAAUUUGGGAUUAUGUAUAUAGUAGACUCCAACAAUAUUCAACUGUUUAAUUUCAUAUGUAUAAAAAUUUAAAGAAAUAUGUAUUGCAUCAACUUUGGAGAAUUUUGAACAAUCUCGAAUAAUAACCAAAUGUGAGAAUUAUAUUAUAAAUUGUAUCAAAUGUGCUAUUGAUUAAUAUCAAUCUAUUUUUUGUAUAGAAUGCAAAGAUAAAUUUAUUUUAUAAGAUGGAUAAUGUUAUAUGAAUGAAGAAAUUGGAUUAAAUUAUGAAAUUCAAUAUUGGAGACCAAAAAUUGAAGCAUUUUUAUUAAUUUAUAGAAAAAAAAAAGAUUAUAAUAAUUCAUUACUUUUAAAACAAUCUAGCAAAUGUGGUUUAUCAUGCUAAAGUUGCAACACUUCUGAUAAAUAAUAUUUUUGUGAUGAAUGUAAUUAGGACUAUUUUGAUGGUUCAGUAAGAAUUUAAUAUGGAUUUUAUUGUUUCGAAUGUCCUAGACUUUGUUAGGUUUGUAGAACACGUAGCUUUAAAAAUAUAAAAGUAAAAAUAAAUCAAAAUAUUUAGAUUGUUAAUCCAUUAUUUUAAAUUAGAUAAGAAAAUGCCAUUUAUACUUAAGAAUGUAUCUUACCUAAAUUUGAUCCUUUUAUAUUUUAUGAUCCUUAUCUUAAAACAACAUAAUAUUGUUUUGAUGGUAAUUGUCAAAAUGGUUUCUAAUUAGAAUAUUGGUAAAAUAAUUGUUUUUUGGAAAGGUUUCCUUAAAAUCUAACUUAAUUCAAUAUAAAUACAGAAUAUUGCAAUUAACUUGGUAUAUAGACAUUUGAAUUUAGCAUUAAUUUUGAAAUAUAUAGUGAAUAUUGCUAUUAUAAUAUACCUUUGUUGACAAGAGCAACUUUAAAAGAGGAAGUAUUCACACUAAAAACUGUAAAUUUAAAAAUUACAUCAUUUAACUAAUUCUCCUUUGUCGCUGUAAAUACAAUGGAGUUUUAUCAAUAUGAUUCUAUUUCUAUGAUUAAUACAGAAUUUAUUUUCUAGGAAAAUUCAAGAAAUAAUAUUAUGUUGUUAAAUGAAUACAAUCUUGUAGAUUUAACAUUAAUAAACUUUACGAUAAAAGAUAGUGGUAUAGUAAAUAUAACAUCUUUAUUUUAUGCUUAAUAAUUUGGCACAAUAAAUAUAUAAAAUCUUUCAAUAAUUAAUACUACUAUUAGAAAUUCAUCUCUAAUAUAAUUAUUAAAAUUUGAAGGUUAAAUGACUAUAAAAAUCUUGUAUUUUUUUAAUUGCACAUUUAUAGAUUCUAUAUUAUUUUUUUUGUCUAAUAGCAUAGGAAAGAUUUAAAUUGAUAAUUUGAUAUUAGAUUCGUGUAAAUUUUAUAAUGCUUCCCUUUAUACUUUAUUUAUCAAUUAUAUGCAAGAAUCAACAUUUCAAAUGAAAAACUUUCUUAUCAAAAGUAAUAAUUUUCUCAAUUCAUAUUUUCUCUUUUGCUCAUAAAUAAUAAAAAUAGAUUUAAUUGAUAUAAUUGUGAAAUCUAAUCAUUUUUACAAUUCGUUAUUAUUUGGAUUUAGUUAUAGCUUAUCUGCUAAUAAUAUAAAAAUUACAGAUAAUCUAUUUAUGGAAUCCUCAUUUCUAUAAACAAUUUAAGUUACUAAUGAUAAAUAUACUCAUGUAGAUAUGUAUGAAUUUUUAUUGUAGGAUAAUAUCAUUCAAAAUGCAAACAUAUUCAACAUAUUUUCUAAUUCUUAUUCAAAUAAUUUGAAUAUUAAUAUGUAAAAAGUUCAUAUUGAAUAAAAUAUUAGAUCAAUUAAAACUAAUGAAGUAAGUUCAAUUUUUAGUAUCAAUUGCUUAAAGUUAUAUUUAAAAAAUUGUUUUAUUCGGAAUAACCAAUAAAUAUUAAUGAUUAAUCUUUAUGAUAUUUAAGAAAUUGAAUUGUCAAAUUUAUUUUUUUUAAAUUCAGCAGUUUAACAAAAGGUCUUCCUUUCAAAGAAUUGUUUUAAAAAAUCCAAUUUAUAAAAUUAAUUAAUCUUAAUUAAGGGUUUUGAUAGAAUUUCAAUAGGAAAUUGUACAAUUACAAAUUAAUCGAGUAUUGAUGAAUCACUAAUAGAAAUACUUUCUAGUAAAUCUAAAUAACUAAUGGGAUAAAUAUUUAUCAACAAAGUUAAAUUUUAUGGUAAUCUCUUACAAUAAUUAAAUUAAAUCUAAUCUUUUUCACUAUUAACUAUUGUUUCAGACAGAAAUAUUGAAAUAGUAAUAGAAGAUAUAGAAUACAAGAAUAAUUUUAUGCAUGUAUAUUCUGAAAGUUCCUUAAAAUAGUCAGCUACUUUAUUAUAUAUUUCUUCGGCUCUUGGUAAUAUAUAUGUUAAUAAUGUGAAUUGCAUACAAAAUUCAAUGACUAAUUCAUCUAAUUCAUUCAUAAUGAUUAGGUCUAAAGUUUUGAAAUUCAACAAUAUAUAAAUUAAAAAACAUAAUAUUUUACCUUAUAAUAUAUGGAGAGACUAUUAUCCAAUCUAAAUAGAGAAUGAGCAUGAUUAAGAAGAAAUUAAUCUUUUCAUAAUUUAAAUAUACCAAAUUAAAACUAUUGGAGGAGUAGCAUUCAUUGAAACGAGCUCAUUUACAAGUUUAAAUUGUUCUUUUUAAGAGAUAUUAGCAUCAGCAAGUUCAGUUUUUGAUAUUGUCACAUUAAAUGAUGGUAUGAUUAUGAUAUAAAACCUCUCAGUAAAUUCAACUAGAUAUAGUUUGGAAUAAACAGAAAGUUCAGGAUGUAUAACCAUAAAUUCUUAGAAUAGUUUACUAAAUUUUUCAAUUUCACUCGCAUUAUUCUCUAAUGUCAUUAAUAAAUUGUCUACAUCUGUUUUCUCAAUUUUCCCUUCAUUACUUAUAAAUAGAAUAAUAAUCUAAGAUGUACAGAUCUUUAAUUGCAUUUCAUUAAAAAAUUAAAUAAUUCAAAUUUAAUUCAUUAACUAAAUUGUUGCUUUGAAUACAAUAUCUUUGAUAAAUAUCAAGAUAAUUCAAAAUUAAUAAGAAUGGGAAACUUAUUUUUAAAUGAUUGGAUUAUUAACAUUAUCUGAAAUUUUAUAAAUUACAAGUGAUGAUAAUUCAUUAAUUUAUUUAGAAAAUUGUGAUCUUUAUAUUAAGGAUUUUACAAUUGAAGGAAUGCUUAUUAGUCCUAUAUUAAAUUUAUUUAAUUUACAAAGGUUAAAUAUCAUUAAUUUCAAUGUUGAGAACAUAAAAAAUGUAAAAACAUAAAACCUUAUAUAAAUUAUUCAAACUAUUUAAACUAAAUCUACAAUUCAUUUAAAGUAACUUAAUAUUUAAAAAGGGCAUUUGUUUAAUAUAAAUACUUAUUUAAUUGUGAAAUCUAAUAUAUUUUAAUUUGAUUAUUACAUAGUUGGAUGUGUAAUUAUGAACAAUUCCUUAAAAUUUGAAUAACCAUAAGAUUAUUUCUUAAACAAUAUUAUUUAACUCGAAUAAUCAAAUUACUAACAUAGUGCAAUUAUCCACAUCAUAAGUAAAACUAAUUUAAGUAAUAUCUACUUAGAAAUGAUAGAAAUAAAAAAUAAUACUUAUUUAACAAGUUUAUAGGGGAUUAUAUAUUUUGAUAUUGUCUUGUUUAAGCAUUUAAGAAUCUUCAAAUUAAAUUGUAAUCACAAUUUUAUAAAUGAAUAUGGUUGUUUAAAUUUAGUAGGAAAUAAUUCGGUAAAAUCUAAAAUUUAAAUAAAAAAUUCAAAUUUCAUUAAUAAUAAUGGAACUAAAGGAGUUGCAAUCAAAGUAAUCAAUGUAUCUCUAGAUAUAAAGAAUUGCAAAAUUACUUCUAAUUUAGCAACUACAUAGGGUGGAGGUUUAUAUUUAUCAUUAACCUAAAAUAUAUUUCGAAUUGAAAAAACAUAAAUUUUAUAUAAUAAAGCAUAAGAAGGAGGAGGAAUAUAUUUUGAUAAGGAUUAUAAUUUGAAUUCAAAGAACUUCCAUAAAUCAUAUUUAUAGUUUAACUAAGCUACAAUUUAUGGAAAUAAUCUUGUUGAAAGCCCUACCCAUUUAACACUUUUUAUAAAUUCAAAAAAAAUUCCUGAUGAAUAAUAAAUUAAAGAUAAUAUAUCCACUAGUUUUCUCAAAAUUAAACCAUACAAAACAAUUGAAUAAGGAAAAUCCAUUUAUACAAAGUAACUCAUCAUUCCCAGCAACCAAAAAAUUAAUAGCUAUUAAUUAUUUAUUCCAAAAGGAUUUUACUAUCAAUCUUAUAUUAAAACUAUGAGUCUAUAUUUUUAAAAUAGCAAAGGAGAAUUACUCUAUAAAUAACUUAAUUCAACAUGCAAUGUAUCUUCAAAUAUUAUAAAAUUAGAUGGUUCAGAAGUUAUAGCAUAAAGAAUAAAUAAUAUUCUUUAAUAUUAAUCUGAUAAUAAUAAUUUUGAAUUAGGCACAUUAGCUUUCAAACUUGAUCCGUACGAAUCAGAGUACGAUUACUUAAAAAUUUAAGUUCAAUGCAGAACUUAUUAUUCAAAAAAUGUAUUCAACUACAUUAUGAAUGCAAGAAGUCUUAAAUGCUAAUUAGGAGAAUUUCAUAUUGAUAAUGGAUGUUAAAUUUGUGUUUGGAGUUAAGGUUUUUACAGUGUAACAUAUAAUUCAAUUAAAUGCUCCAUAUAUGAUAAACUCAAAUUCUAAAAUAUAACUUCUAACAUGAUUAAUUUAUUUGAGGGUUAUUGGAGACCUAAUUAUCUAUCAGAUUAUACUGAAUCAUGCUAUAAAAGUCCAGGAUUUUGUAAAGGAGGAUGGGAAGUUGGAGAUAAUUCUUGUAGUUUAGGACGUAAAGGCGCACUAUGUGAAAUGUGCGAUAUAUAUGAUGAGAGAGGAGAGGGAAGGUUUUUUAAAAAUUAAGAAGAUUUGAAAUGUUCAUCAUGUUCAGAACAUGAUAACAUCAUUCUUCCAUUUUUAUUUGCAUUAUUUCAGUAUUUAACAUUUAAAACAUUUAGGGCAUUAUUAUCAAUUAUAUUAUCCUUGAAAAGUAUAAAUAGAUCAAAUUAAUUAUUUACUUCAUUAAGGAUAUUUGAAAAAUUUAGUAAAAUAAUAUUUAAAUUAAAUCAAGGUAAUAAUUCUAAUUUAUUAUUUAGAUCAUGAAGGAAUUUUGGUUAAAAUGCUACUAAAUUAUUUAUGGAUAUUUUCUGUUAUUUUUACUUUCAAUAUCAAUUUUACAUUCUCUGUUAUAUUUAUUGAAUAAUCUAGCAAUAGUUUUUAUUUUAUGGUGAAUAAUUUAGAUUGUUAUUUGUCAAAUCUUUAAACAGAAUUAAUCUAUAUCAAGAUUAUUGUUAUUUUAAUAAUGAUGCUCCUUCAAUUCAAUCUUAUAUUAGCCUUUUCAUUUUUAUUUCAUAGUAUAACUAAAAAUAAAAUGGAUAAUAGUUUAUUAUCAAAUACAUUGCUUUGUUUGUAUUUAUUUAAUUACGGAGGAUUAAUUAAAAUGUACUAAAUUAUUCUUCAAUUAGGUACUGUUCAUUAUUGUCUUCAAGAUAAAUAUCAAACAUUAUUUACAUUUAAGGAGAUGUAUCUUUAUUAUAUGAUACAAAAAAUCAUUAAUAGUGGAUUUAUUUUAUAAUUAUACCAUUAUUAUUAGUUUUUGGCUGUAUUAUACCAUUUUCUUUAUUUUUGUUAACUUACAUCAAAAGGGAUAUUCUUAAUAAAAUAAAAUUAAGAAAACAUAUAUGCUAUUUAUUUAAUGAAUAUACUGAUAGUAAUUAUUAUUGGGAAUAGAUUAAAUUGAUAUAAAAAGCUAUGAUAAUUUUAAUCACAACCUAUUUUGAAAAUAGCAUACUUUUAAAGUCAUCAUUAAUAGGACUUUGUUUACUCACUUAUUAAGCAAUCACUGUUAAAAAUAAACCUUAUAUUAUAUCCAAAUUUAAUAAUUUAGAUUUGUCAUCAGGAUAAAUAUGUUCAAUCACCAUAUUUCUUGCAGCAGUCAAAUAUGAGAGCUAAAAUUAAAAUAAUACAACCAUUUCUACAUUUCUAUAAAUAGUUCUACUUAUUUUAAUGGUACGACUAUGUUACCCUUUCAUUUAUAAUAUAUUUACUGUUUAUUAUAAAAAAUAUAGCUAUGCCAUUUUUUUGAAUAUUCAUUCAUUAUUAUAACAUUUAAAAAUUAAUACUUAAUUUACCUAACGUUUUGGAAAUUAUCUAUUAAGAAAGAAUGAGAGAUAAACCAAGCUAAAAAUGAAUUUUCUCAAGCUCAGAGAAUAUUUGCUUCCUAAACAUAGAAAUCAGAAUAAAAUGUUUAAGUUAUAUUUAUUAAGUAUUUUAGAUUUGCUCAUAAAAAAACUCAUCUUAAAUCGAAUACAAAUAGUGGAACAUAUUUAAUAGAAGUAACAAACAAAUGA